UUAAUUGCAUUAAAUAUCAAUUUCCAUCAUUUUCAUCCAUUCUAACAAGAAAGACGAGUCAACUUGGAAAUUAUCGCAAAGCAAUUGAAUAAAGUAAGAGAAAAAAGAAAAUGGCAGUGAGCCACCUUAGUUAUCAACGCCUGAGUGAGUAAUUCUGUGAUCACAUCCUCCAACGGGAAAACUGGAUUCACACGCAACUUCAACAGUAUUAUUGCUGGAAUUGGAAAGAGGCCGAGCCGCUGUUACAAAUUAUUCAAAAAGUAGAAGAAGAAAAGGGUGCGGCGGCACAGACUUAUUAAUUUGCCCAUUCUAAAUCCUAACGAAUCCCUUGAGUUGAUUGCCCAGAACAGUUGCUUCCGCACGUGCAGAUGCAUGCAUCUCGAGAUGUUUAUGUUGGAAGUUGCUGCUGCUGCAACUUGACCCUUUUAUUUUUAUUGCUAAUAAUUAUCUUCACUCUCUCCGACUCAUUAAUUGGCCUUUUAAGCCCAAUUAUUUCGUUUAAUGGGCAGCUGCCAUUGCAAUCUGAUAAAUCUGAAGCCCACAGGCCCAAGCACAAGAGUAUCAGAGUUGUCUGUCUGCAAUGGUUGCGGGUUUAGCAGAAUUCAACUGAAAUAAAACCCUACAACGAUUUUUGAGGUUUCUUUUGCCGCUUCUACUAGUGGUAGAGAGACACGACCCUGUUCUCAAAGUACUAAGGUUGUAAACUUUUCUUGAAUUUUUGUGUAGAUGGAAGGAUUGAGUAUAUCGGAGGCUAAUUUGGUAGUGUAUGUGCACCCAUCACAAAGCAAGAAUGUUUCUCAAGCGAUUCUCCGUGAACUCAGCUCCUUGCUUUUCAAGUUCAAUGAAAAUUUUGAUGGUGUCGUACUGGCUUAUGCUUUUAAUGCUCCAGAUAAACAAGCAAGAAUUCUCUGUGGAGUUCACCCGUAUUUUGGUGUGAGACUACAAGCAACAAUGUUAGUUUUCUCUCCGAAGCCAGAUAUGCUUUUAGAAGGGAAGGUGGUGAAAGUCACACGAGAAUCCAUUCAUGUCAUUGUUCUUGGUUUUUCAUCUGCCAUUAUAACAGAUGAAGACAUCCGUGAUGAAUUUAGAUAUAAAAGGAAACAUGGCGAGGCUUUAUAUGUUAGCAGACCUCACAAGCAACAUGUGAUAAAGGUUGGGACUAUGAUACGCUUUGUAGUCAAGAGUUUGGAUGAGGAAACACUGCAUAUUUCUGGAUCAUUGGUUCCAACUCACACUGGAAGCAUUAGUUGGUUAGAGGGAGAUAUGAAAAAUACUACAACUGACAGUGGUAACAAGAAAAGGACACAGCUUGAUGGGGAAAUUGAAGUGCAAGAGGAAGGCACUGCUGGUGGGGAUACAUAUUCUGUAAACGGUGACCAUGAGAUUAAGAAGUCAAAGAAGCUUAGAAAUGCAUAAGGACCAUUGAAGGCUGAUGUGGGUUCCAGAUUCUUUUCUACACAUUAUUCUCCCCGUUACUCCAACUCUCUGACAUACAGUUCAAGAAAUUAUGUAACAUAUAUCUUGCUUGUGUACGUUUCUAGUAUCAAAUUUUGAGGCAUUGCGUUUAGUCCA